AAUAUCUGAGUCAGAACUCUAGAGUGAAAAGUACUUUUUUAACGGAUGAUCUAUUCAGAAAUGGGUUGUUGGCUUGCUUACCGACAAACGGUUUCGAAUUAUUUUGAUAGCGCACUGCAGUGCACUUGUUCUUGAUAAAUGAUUCUCAAAACCGAUUUCUAGAUUGUUUCUUUCUUUCAGCGGCCAUUUGCAAUGAUUUACUCGCACGAUAAAUAACAAUAGGAGGAGGUCGCCACAAGAGUCGUAACAUUAGUUUUAAUAACACAAAUUUACACACACCAUAUCCAUUCAUUUUCAAACAGGAAAAUAUAUUUCAAGAAAGUGACUUCGCGAAAAUUAAAGACAGCUUAUCUUCGAAUAUUGGAAAAUACCAACAAAAAAAUAAAUAAAAUAAAAAUGAUAAUAAAUACUGAAAACACUAACUAAAAUAUAAAAACAAAAAUGACAUAUCAACAGCGAAAACAAUGACGAUAGCCUUCUCACUACAAUCAUCUACUAAUGUUGUGGUUCAUACGGAGGUUCUCGAUGUGAACUAGUGCAAGGAAACCAUGGAGCAAUGAACGAGGUGUGUCGGAAAGGCAGUACCUACUCGCCUAAGGAAUUUAUCCAAGAACCGACAAGGAAGAUGUAUGGAUUUUAAAGAAAAAGGACAAAACUGAAGUUGCGACGACGGCAAAAGACACUAUAAAUAAGAUGAUAUAGUCAUCGCAGUACGUAAGAAUUUCCUUGCUAAAAGUCAAGCAAUCAGAGCUCGAAAAGCAUAAAUCGAAAAGUAAUACCUUUUGGGCCCAAAAUGGAAGUUUUUAUGGAGAACACUAAUCAUUCAAAUGUUGUUGUUGGUUCGAAUUUAAAGUAUGUUUUCGGAUGGAAUGUCAGCUUAGUGAAUGGAUCAAGUAAUGUAUUCCCUACACCUUUGCCGGCUCAGUUUGAUGAAAUAAAAUUGGUUGAAUUUUACCUGACAGGUGUUGCAUCAAUUGUGAUUAUAUCACUUGGUCUCAUUGGAAAUAUAUUAACAAUUGCUGUACUUACAAAACGAACGAUGCAGUCAUCAACAAACUGCUACCUAAAAGCUCUGGCAAUGUGGGACAGUGUUGUUUUAAUAAUUACGUUCUUUCUGAUUGGAAUUCCAUCUGUAUCGGAACCUUACAGAGAAAAUAUCUUACCCUAUGUUAUUGUCUACGCUUAUCCUGCUGGUUUAGUUGGCCAAACAGCAACGAUCUGGUUAACUGUUUCGUUCACUGUUGAGCGCUAUAUAGCUGUAUGUCAUCCGCUCAGAGCUGCUAGCAUGUGUACUAUGGCAAGAGCUCGUAUGGUCAUACUGUCUGUAUCUGUUUUUUCCUUUGUCUACAAUGCGUCACGCUGGUUUGAAUAUGAAAUAGAAUACCGACUUAAUCCUGCAGACCAUACGAUUCUUGUGAAAGAAAAGACCACUGAUAUGGGUGAAAGUAAAAUAUACCGUAAAGUCUAUUUCUUGUGUCUCUAUCUACCAAUUAUGUGCUUUAUUCCGUUGACAUCUUUAGCCGUCAUUAAUAUAUUCCUCAUUCUUGCCGUGAAAAGGUCACAACGUCAGCGUCGUGAUAUGAACGUACGCCAAUCAAGAGAAAAUAACGUCACAUUAAUGCUUGUAUCAGUUGUUAUAGUUUUCAUGAUCUGCCAAGUUCCUGCGCUCAUAUACAAUACAGCUUAUGCUAUUGAUAGCAAAAUGGUGUCUACUACAUCAGGAUGGAUAAUUUUAUCUUUAAUAAGAAACUAUUUGGUUACGCUAAACAGCGCUAUUAACUUUCUGUUAUACUGUGCUUUCGGGCAGAAAUUUCGGCGCAUAUUUAUCCGAACGUUCUGCCGAUGCUUGAUUCCGGAAGAGGAUUUUAGUUCACUUACUUACCAAGGAACAGUUAUCAACCCACAUACGACAGCGAGGAGAUACAGCAAAACACAAAAGUUGCAUGCAACUACAACUGACGUUAUAGACAUGACAUCAUCAACCACAGCAACGCAUGCAAGUAUACUCUCGCGAUACUCUUCUCAUUCUUCGUUCGACGCUAACUCCCUCUAUCGAAAAAAUACGAUCAACAAAUACGAAAACCUCACGAAAAAUAAAACGGAUGCUUGUGAUGAUUUGUUCUGUGAAAAAAUAGGCAUUGAUGAGAAUGAAAUUUUAAAUAACGAAAGAUCCAAAAAUGAAAAUCUCGAAAGAGUUAAUUCGGAGAGUUAAAAAAGUAUACAUAUAUAUAUAUAUAUACACAGAAACACAUAUACAUCAAUAUAUGCACAGACACACAUACACACACACACCACACACAUACAUAUAUAUACAUAUGGACCCACAUAUAUAUAUAUAAUAUAUAUGUGAUUUUUUCUCCUUCCCUUUCAUCUCUCAUGUAAUUUAUUUUUCUUGUCAUGUAUAUUUUUGUGGAAUCUUAACCAAGUAAGGUUUUUCUUCAUAAUAUAAUUAAUAAUGACAUUAAAAGGAUAAUUAAUUGUGAAAUAUAUGUUAAAUUAAAAAUUUUCAUCAAAUUUUGUGUUCUCA